CUGACACAAAUACUACCCCUUAUCCCCCGUCAUUAACUUCCUUUCAGGCACCCCUCCGUUAACCUCCAUUAACCCUCCUCGCCGUCAACACCAAGACUCUCGUACCCGAAUACAACUAAAGAUGGUGGCGAUAUCGCUGUAUAGGGGGAACCUGCACAGGGUCCCCGACGUACCUCGUCGAUGGCUAAUGCCAAACCCCAAAAUUUCUCUGAAAAAUUUCAAGUUUCUCCUCCAACGCCGCUCCACAGCGCUCUCUCGCCUCCGCUCAAACACCUCUUCGAGCUGUGGCCCUAUUAAAACCGAACAUAGUGAGCCCCCAAUUGAGAAUUGUCAAAAAGAACAUGGAGAAGGGACUUCGAAGAAUGAAGAUUCUACUAGGGAGGGGAAGGAAUUGAGAGAAUCUGACGCUGUGAAACUGGCCGAUGCAUCCGAUGCGAAAUCCGAGGCGCCAGAUAAAGCUCCGGAUACUGCUACUGACGAUGGGAAUUUGCAGGUUGCGAAUCUGGAGACAACCAACAAAGUGGAGAUUUUAGAUGCCAAAGGGAAGAGGAAAAGGGAAAUUGAGGAGAAGCUACAAGUUUUGAAUUCAAAGAAACAUAAUCUGGUGCUAGUGUUGAAGCAGAUCUUGAAUGUGGAGGAGGAAUUAAAGAGACGAAAUGGUACGCCAGGAGUGGGCAUUCACCCGUCCGGUGCCCCUCUUGGGGGUGCCACAAAUGAGUCUGGGUCCAUGGAUAGACUAGUUGCUUCUAGGAUGAUAUCGGAGGCAAAUCUUAGUUGUGAUAUGGAAGGUGGAGAAGCUGACCAGAAUGUGCAUUCUCGUCAUAUGCUUCGAAUGAGCAGUACAUCUCCAUCUUCAGAGUCUCCCCUUAGAAGGGCUUCCAAUGGGGUUCCACACGCUACUAGAGCAACAAGCUUGGGCACUGCUGGCAGUCCAUCACGCUUUGCUCCUACUGUGCACCAAGGCAAUCCUUCAAAUCUUCCAUCAGUGUCUGUAUCGGGGACAAAUUACAUCAUGUCUUCUCCAUCUCCAGCCGCAUCUGGUGGCACCUCCGUUUUCAGAGAGAAUCGACUGCCGAGUCCAUGGAACUGAAAGCUCUGUUUGUAUUCCCAUUGCCCGACAUAAGGUUCAAGUUACCUUCUUUUUUUGAUAAGCAGUUCUGUUUACCUUUGGUAGGCAAACAGAGGGUGGGGGAUUUGGAUCAUGGGCCUUUAGGUGGGAGAGGCCAAGACUUACUUCCCCUAGUUCUCUAUACCGUUGCUCGGGUAUUCAGUCUUCUAAUUGAUUUGCUGUAUGCCGGCAUAAAUAAUUUACUUAACAUCCAAUACUUCACAUUAAUUAAAUAUUAGAUAGGUUAUAUUUUGGGUUUGGAGUUUUAAAAUUAUAUUAAACUACAAAUUUGAUUAUUUUGUAUGUUGUUUUGUUCUUUAAAAGACUAUUUCUUGUUUCUUC